GAAAGAGGCCCUUAUGGAUAUGGUUUCAAGGGUAGGACAGCAUGUUUACAGAAGAAAUGGAGUAUUGACUGAUCUAAAGUCCUUUGGAACUGUUCAAUUGGGUUAUGGGAUUAAGAAACUGGAUGGACGAUACUAUCAGUUGCUAACUUGUUCUGGAGUUUCUCGCCACUUAAUUGUGUGACAAGCAAACUGAUGGAAUUCUUUAGCUGGCACUCACUACUUUUCAGGUCUCUUAUCUAUCAAACCAUACCUACACAGAAAGCCAUUCCAAGGAGGAUCUUUUAGGAGGAGAAAAAAGCUAGAUUUUGGAACUUACUUUUAUGUGAGAGACCCAGGAUGAAGCCAACAUUACGCACUGCUGUGGCUAGCAUGCAGGGACAAUUGAUGCAGAUGACAAUGAUGACACCACCCAGCUUCAACAGUGAGCUUUACUACCUGAACAAGGAAGACCGAUUGCUGCGCUGGCUCUUGGUUAAACACUGUGAGAUGAAAUUUGGAAUGGAAUUUUUUGGCGAAGAUGAUGCUAAAAGUGAGCUAAGGAGUUUCAGGAGCAAUUUGUAUGAUGAUGAGAACAUUGAAGAGGAUGAGGAGGAGGACGAUGAGCACGAAGGCGAUGUGCAAUCUGAAACAAAAGAAGGAUGAUGCAGCCACAGCAUGUCUUUGUAGUUCUUUUUUUACUCUACCAGGCUACGACUGCAAGAACCAGUUCUAUGAUCAAAUAAAGUAUGUGACUGUUUCAUAACGAGUGGGUUCAACAAUCGUUAGGCAUUUCAUUGGAAAAGUAGAUUUGGUUUUUAGCACAAGUAUCUGUAUAAGAUACUUGAAACCUGACAGGAUCAAUUCUCUAUUUCUGUGUUCAUUUAUGACGGUUUGUACUUGUUGGGUUCUAUUUUUAGGAUGUUUUUCUCUGUGAAAGCUAGGUAGAUAAAGGUUUAUGUUCUUGCGAGUUCUUUAAUGUCCUGUAUUAACAUAAGACAAAUAAAGAUAAGAUGUGCGGAACUGUAUGUUAGGUGAAAAGUAUAAGUCAGUAUUUAAAAUGUCUUUUACAGUCUUUGGAGUA